UUGACUAGAUAAUAUUUUUUCACUUCUUUAGGCUAUAGGUAUAGGUAUAUCUACACAAUUUCCCACCUAGUAAGUGGAGAAUGUUCACGUAAAAUGAAUAUAGGUAAUGAAAAAAUAUCAGAUAGAUGAAGAUCAGCAAGAUUACCAAGGUCUAGAUGGGAAUUGAAAAGGAUUUUAGUGUAUUCUAAAGUUAUGGAUGACAGCAGAACUGGUACAUCUUUAAAUGGCCAGGAUACCCUUAUUGUUACCAUCGUAGAAGAUACUGCGAAUUCUGAAGAAAAGAUGAAGUCAAAUAAUGAUCUAAAAAUGACAGAUGAUGAUCUUAAUUUUGAUUUGUCUUCGUCAACAAAUAUAGAAAACAGUAGUUUUACAGAUAUUCUACAAUGUGGAGAGUGUGGUCAGUCAUUUCAAAAUGUUAUAGAAUUUCUUACUCACAAGUCUACACAUGCAACUACAGCUCAGGCCGUAGGCUGUGCUCUUUGUGGCCAGUCGUAUAACAAACAGUCUUUUCUACGUGAUCAUUACAAGAAAAAACACUAUGUAAAGUUUAUAAAAAGUGACAGCCCAGUUAAGAUCAACCGAAAACAUAUUAUCAAUAAUCCUGUUAGCGAUAUCAAUAGUCAAACCAUUGAUCAACAAUAUCAAGUAGAAGAAAAAAGCCCAGCUAUUGUUAAUGAUAAUCAAGCAUUACCAGAUAGUUCCAUGACAGAUAAAUUAAACACUGUCCACGUUGUUAUCACUAAAACAGAUGAUCAACUUGGUGAUAUGAAUAUAUUUGAUAAUGAUUCAUUAAUGGAACCCAAUGCUCCACUGCCUGAAAACUCAAAUUCUCAAGAACUCAGUAUUAAUGAGGAAGAAAAAAUAAUCCCCAUUGAAAAUGCUGAAUUAAAUGUAGAAAAACCUAUUUUGGAGAACUGUAUAGAAAACUCAACUUUAACCGAAACUGAAACCGCAACCAAAAGUCAAACAUCAAAACUCCUGAAAAAUAAUCCCACAGAAGAAAUCGAUUUUCAUUUUAUUUUGACAAACAAUACAAUAAAUGGGAAAAAAUUUCCAUAUGGUAAACAUGGUUUUAAAUGUCUACACUGUGAUUUUGUAACGAGUUGGAGAACAUCUCUAUGUAAACAUAUGUCUGUAGAGCAUACUGAUAUAAUGGCUAUACAUCAGUUUAUUGAAAUCAAAUCUCCAGAGUUAGAUUCCUCGCAAAAUUUACUCAGAAUGUCUGAAUAUUUAGCUAAUAGUCAACGAUCCAAAGAGCUGAAAGUUAAAAAAUCGCGGGGUGUGGAAUCGCAGGAUAAGCCCGGUCAUUAUCCAUGUCUUCAGUGUGAAAAGGUAUUUAAUCGUCUACGAUAUUUACGUAAACAUGUUGAUAUUCAUAAAACGGAAAAUAAAUAUUUAUGUGAUGAAUGUGGUAAAGCAUUUAAAACAAAGAAUUAUCUCUCCGCUCAUCGUAGAACUCAUAAAACAAGAUUGUUUCGCUGUACACAAUGUUCUUUUACCUCAAAUGUUAAUUCUUUAAUACACUCUCAUCGACAGCUUCAUAGUGAAGGCAGUGUGCUAUGCGAUGUAUGUGGUCAGGCUUAUUUGGAUAACUCGACUUUAAAAAAACACAAACGUGUACACGAUAUGAAUAGACCAUUUGCUUGUACUUUUCAAGGUUGUACUUGGAGAUUCAACAAAGAGGCCUUAUGUCAAGCUCAUAUUAAAUCGCACACUACGAUUGGUCAGUUUAUUUGUCAUGUUUGUAAUUAUUCGUUUCGACAUAAACACCAUCUUCAGCGCCAUCUCAGUCGAAUUCAUGGAGUGACCAACUCGAAAUCGGAUGAUGUGAAAAAAGAAGGGGUGGACAGUGUUUCUAAUGAUGCUGAUCCUGAUUCUAAUACUGUUAAUUUUGUUAUAGAUUCUGAGAUAAGUCCCGAUCAGUUAGAAUCUGCCAUACAACAGGGUAAUUUGGUUAUUAGUUCUACUGAUGUCGAGGGUAAUUGUACAGUAAAUUAUGUCACAUAUCACACGUUAUUAGAUCAAGAUACAACUGUAGAAGGGGAUGCACAGACAAUUGUUAUACCUCAUUCAGAUUGUAAUCAAAUUAUAUUUCAACAGUAAUAAUUAUAUGUGUGUUACUGUUAGUUUGCAUGUUAAACUCUCCAUUUUCUUCCUUCUCUAUUCAUGAUCUAGUGAAUUUGAUAGUUUAUUGACUGUGUCCCUUAUCUGGAAACUUUAUAUUUUUACCCAAUCUUUCCACUAUCUGAUAUGCUCUGCAGGCGCUUAAGUUUAGCGGAUUUUAAAAUGCCAGCAAUCAUUAAGCUAGCUUACCAUCGUCUGUCACAAUGGUGAGGCAGAUGAUCAGGUUUUGAAAACCCAGCUCACCACCUAUCAUUGAGAAUGCUUUUUUUUUUCUAAACUGGCUUAUUUUGGCUAUGGGUCGACUUAAAUUGCCAUCUUCUACUCACUUACUGCUUUCCAUGGAACUCUUAUGUUUAUUUUAAACAGUACACUUAGUAGAGCUGGUGAUAUUCCUGGACACAGAUAUCGCAAUAUAUUUUGAAAACAUCGCGAUAUAAUCAUUAUAUAGCGAUAUUUUAUAAAAUGUCAAUAAUUUCAAUUUAUCUUUAAAAGUUAAAAAAAACAUGUAUUAAAAGUUGGAAAUACCCCCGGAGUAUUCAUUUGACACUUUCUAGUCAAUAUUAUUAAAAGUUUUUAGCCUAAGUACAGUAUGGUACCAAAUUUACAAACAAAAUUUAAUGAGCUGGUUCAACCACAGAUCUAUCUAUAGCCAUGAAGACUUGUUAAAAAUAUUGGUCUAUGUUGUUUAUUACAAUUUUAAUUACCAGUAUAUUAAUUAUAUUUUAUUUCAAUUAAGAAUAUUUACAUGAAGGAGGCACAAAAAACAUUUUAAAAAAGUUUGUGUUCUUUCGACCAUGCAUGUGUUCUUUAACGAUUGGAUAUUAUUCAUUUACCCUAGCAAACUCGUUUUUUCUCAUUCAAGCGAAUACCUUCUUGAAAAUGCAUUAUGCAAUGCAAGAUACUAAAUUAUACUAUAAAACCUAAGUGUCCAUUAAUUUAGUCAAAUACUUUUUCCGGAUCACGGACAGCCAUGACAUGUCUGACGCUGAAUGAUAAUCAGUCUACAGUUGGCAUUAUUUUUAUUUCUGCUUUAUUAAAAGUUAAUUCAAUCUGAAAAUCAAUGAUUCCUUUAGAAAAUCAAAGCAUCUGUAUAAACAAUUCGUCAAGAAAUUGAAUAGAAGCAGGGAUAAUUCUAACGGUAUUGGUCGGGUGGAAAAGUGAGCGAGAAGUCAUGUGACGUAAACAAAGCUCUUUGACCAGCAUUUGCUAACUUCGUGGAGUGAACAGUUAUUCAUAACUGAGCAAUGACUAGUGUCUGAUUACUAACAAUUUUAACUAACUAAUAGCAGAUAUCUUAAUUUAUCAAAGUUUUUUGUUCAUAAGUCAAUGUUAUCACCUUUACUGUUCAAUAAACCGAGAUGACAAUUCCAAUAUUUUGGCAAAACAAACCCAACACCUAGCCUUCUUUGCCUCUUGUCAUCUUGCAGUCGAUACAGCAAUUUCAUAUUUCAUUCUCUUCAUUUUAAAAAGUACCAUAUCAAUCGAAGCAGGAAUGUGGACAUAUAUUGCAGCGUUAGCGAUGCUCUUGUUGUUUCAUGUGUUUGCAUACUCAAUUGCCUCCAUUCGUACUAUCAAAUUUGCACCCUAAAGUUAAAAAGCUAACUCCGUUUAAAUCAAAAGAGAACUAUUUAAAUAGAACCGACUAACAGAAGAAUUCUUACCAUGUGUAUAAUUUAAGGGAAGAGAUAUGAGUGAGGUUGGCUUUUGAUUGUAUAUGUAGAUUGUCUUCUAUAGUACUACAUUUUUUGUCCCCUGCCUUUCGAAGAAAGAGAUAAACAAUUUGAUUGGUUUAGACCAUGGAACACAAUAACUUUGGUUCUAAUUGGGUGAGAGUGAUGAAACUCAAAGAAUAGAUUCAUUAUAUCAAUACCUUGACUAAGUUCGAUGAUGAGAAUUUUCUGCUUAGGCUAAGUAGCGAUAAGCCCAAUUGAUUGCUCAAAACUUUGGAACAUAAAAUUCGGCUUUUAAUUGAGGUAGAAUGUUUAAAUUUGGUGUAGAUGUUCAUUUGGUGAAUGUCUUGACUGAGUUCAAUGAUUAACAUUUUCCGGUUAAGUGAAGCAGACUAAGCCAUUUCAUUGGUCGAUGCUUUGGGACAAGAUAACUUUGAUUUUAACUGAUGAAGAGUUAUGAAACUUAGUGUAUAGUUUCACUACCUGGUACUUCAACACCUUGACUGAGUUCAAUCUAAAUAUUUUCUGCUUAAACUAAGUAUCAUCAGUUCGAUUGCUUGAUACUUUUCAAACAGAUUAAGGUGCAAUUAAUUAAUAUGACAUGUCAUUUAUUUAUUUUGGAUUGCAGCUUGGAACAUCAGCCUCACUGUUGGCUUGUUUUAAAUGAUUUGAGAUUUUAAGGAAUAAGUCAUUAACUUGCCACCAAUUUAGGAACAGUAAUAUCCCUAUUUUUUAUGUUUGGUGAUUAUUUUGUGCAAUUACAUAGGCCUACAUGUAACCCUGAAAUCAGUUUUAUAUUCACUCCAGGCUCAUUGAAUGAGAAUAGGAUUUUAACAAGAAGUAAAUAUAUUGAUAUGUCAGUAUCUCUCCCUCUCUUAAAGGAAAAUAUAUUUCUGAUCUUGUAAUUAUGUUUCUGUUAUUCUUCAUGUUAUGAUUAUUAUUGAUUUGUUGUUUUGUAUUUACACAAAUAAUUUCUAUACUAGAUAAAUCUAUGAUACAUUUACAUAACAGUCCAUAGGAAAACAUCAACCAAUAUUUUACAAAUGUUGGAGAUACUUCAUGAGAAACUUUUUUGACAAGCUACAAAUUUUAAUGUAGCCUACAUUAUGCAGUACACUUGCAAAACCACAAACAAUUGAGUACUGGCGUUACUGUUCAGCACAUAAGUAAUGGACAUGCUAAAAUAUCAAUCUGAUUAAAAUACAGAUCUAUAUUUCGUUUCUUUUUUUUAUACUUUCGAUGGCUUAAUCUACAUGAAGAUCUGACAAGCUUUACUCGAAGGUCGUGUCAGGGGUCGUACGAGCGGCUUUUGACCCUAUGACGUCAGACAUUGAUUAAUCAAUCAGUGUUGGCGUUUCUAGUAGGUUACCCACAGUUCCGUGCUUGGCACACCAAGAAGUCGCCGUAACAGGCUAUAUCAUUGGCUUAUCCCUCACAUCAACCAAAACGCCAGUAAUAUAACAACUCUUCCAGAUCCUAGUGGAAGUAAAACGAAAUUUUGAACUAUAAAAAACAAAACGAAAUAAGAUCGGUGUUUUAAUCAGACUGGCUAAAAUAUCAACGGUGGAUACUGUAUAAUAAUCUGUAUUAAUUGUGUUGUGAUAUUCUGGUAAAUAUAUCAUACCAGUUAUAUUAUACUGGUGGAAUACUAAUAUACAUUGUAAAUCAAUCUCAAAAAGUAAAAUUUUGCAAAAAUUUGCAAGACACUGAUCACAAUUCUUUGGAAUACAAUUAUUGUUUAUUUCCCUAAUAUUUUUUAAUGGUAACAAGCAGCCCUAAUCAAAACAUCACAAUAAUCUUAUUCCAUAGAAUUAUUGUAUGGUGUGUAUAUUCAAAUAAAUUACUAAAUGUCAGCAACUCGGUUUAAUAAUUUUCUACUUAAUUUAGCACAAUUUGGUAUAAAAUCAAAUGUAUUCAGCUUUAUAUAGAGAUGAGAUGUUAUUGCCAUGAAGUGGCUAUCAACUUUUCAUUAGCAACAAUCUACUUAAUUACAUUAGUUAACAAGCUUGUUUACAAAUAGUAUGCUUGAUAACUUGAUUAAAUUUGCUAUACUAUAAAAUACAUUAUCAUUUCAAACCAGGAAUUAAAUACAAUGUAUUUAGCAUCAUGGGGGAGUGCAAGUUGGGGAAGGGAUAAAAGAAUUUUAUAAGACACUAAGAAUUGUAGUAAUAAAUUUUUUUACAUUUCUAUUAUUUCUUUGUGAAUGGAUAUUAUAAUACUCAAAAUGCUAUUUAAUUUUAUUGUGGUGCAUGUUACUAUAUUCUGGUUUUUCUAUUUGAAGAAUUUGAAGUUAUUAAAACAUAGAUUAUAAUUUAUUAAUUAUACAUGUCAUUAUGUUGUUGUGUUUUUAUUUAUGUAAUGUUAAUAUGAAAAGAAUUAUCUGA